CAGGGCGAAGGGUCUGACCUGCAGAGGAAUAUGGCGAGUCCGAAAAACGGGGUGUGCAGGCAAGACAUACAGGAAAACUCUGAAUAUCCGGGACCGGACAACGGGACACCUCGAUGGGGCCCGCAACAUGCAGGUGCACGGGAGCUUGCAAACCUGUAUUCACCGGGGAAAAGGUGUCAAGAAUGGAUCUGCGUCAUCCUCUGCUUCUUUCUCAUGGCCUUCAACCUCACCAACCUCCUUAUGCACUUCCAUACGAGUCACACAUGGAACAUCAUCCUGGGCAUAGUUGCAGGAAUUCUGACAGCAGACUUUGCUUCUGGGUUGGUCCACUGGGGUGCUGACACAUGGGGCUCUGUGGACUUGCCAGUCAUUGGGAAGGCCUUUAUACGACCAUUCAGGGAGCACCAUAUCGACCCCACCGCCAUUACCCGCCAUGACUUCAUUGAGACCAAUGGGGACAACUGUAUGUUGACCCUGAUCCCAUUGGCAAACAUGGCCUUCGGUUUCGUCACUCUCUCCUCUGUGGAGCUCUAUCACAGCUAUUCCUGGAACUGCUAUGUCUUUUCCCUGGCCAUCUUCAUCACCCUCACCAACCAGAUCCACAAGUGGUCUCACACAUACUAUGGACUGCCCCGCUGGGUCACCCUCUUGCAGGACUGCCACGUCAUCCUGCCUCGCAAGCACCAUCGCAUCCACCACGUCUCUCCGCAUGAGACCUACUACUGCAUCACCACAGGCUGGCUGAAUUACCCACUGGAGAAGACAGGCUUUUGGCGUUACCUGGAAGACCUGAUUCAGGGCAUUACGGGAGAGAAGCCCAGGUCUGAUGACAUGAAGUGGGCUCAAAAAACCAAGUAACUGUGCCAGCCAGCAGCACCCCUACCUCAGACUCCUUUCACAGCCACCGCUUAUCCUGUUUGUCUAACGCUGGUGCAAGCCUCUGGCCUUUAGGAGGUAGAUUCAAACUAACCAUCACUCCAACUGAGCUUUAAAUUCGGUACACUAGUACACUUUGUUUGCUUGUAAGUUUCCUUUUAUGGAGGACGUUAUGAAGCUCUGGAAGAGUCAUGGGGUCAAAAAACCUAUAUAAGGAUGCACUUUGCCUUCAUGACAUUGCUGGUGAAAGCACUAGGUGGGAUCUGGCCCCGACCCCUUUUUUGCAACACCCAAUUACUAAAACCAGAUUUCCAUCUCUGUCCUGACCCUUUAGCUUGUGUCAUUUAGAAAGCCAUUUCCCAAGUGGCGACCAAUGUAGUUGGCCUCAUAUCAGGAAGACUCAAAGAGAUAACCAUUUGGACAUUACAUUUCUAAAAAGAAAAUGAAUAAAACUUUGAACAGAAAUCUGUCAGCCACAGUUGUUCACGGGAACAGAAAAAGAUUUAAACCUACUGGCAGACAUGCAGACAGAUUCUGUUAAAUUCAUAUCUUCCCAGUAGCAGUAUUUAUGCUCAAAUCCAAACAUGGGAGCCCUGCUUGUUAUCUCCAUGACUCCAUGAUUCAAAUGAGGUGUGACUAGAUUGCAUCCUCAUAGCUAAGCUAUUUUUGGGGACAUCUAAAAUUUGAGCCUGCUUUGGGCUGAAUCUUGUGUCUUCCUCUUGUGGUCUUAUCUGGACAUAUGUCUGAUUUUACAUAUGCAAUGUUAUUCACACAGCCUUAUGCAUCCCAAAUGCAGCACUGAAAGACAUGUCUAUGCCCAGCUUCAGUAAAAGUGCAAUAUGCUUUGUCCUUGACUUUCAAAAAUUAAAUCAAACCAGUGAAAAACUUUCCCUUCACUUAUGCACUAUUAUAGUCAUUGCUAUAGGUGAAACAGAAGCAUUGAGCAAGCAACAGAAUAUGACAUUGCCUAAUUGUGGCAUAGAGAGUUAAGAACAAAGUGCCUCUUGGUUAGACUGAAUCUGGUCCCUCGUGUUAUUUUACAGAAAGCCUGUACUUGGAAUGCACUCUUAUUUAUUUGGCUAUAAAUAUAUAUGCCUAUUUUUUUGCUCUUUUUGGGAUGCAUUUUCUUUAUAGCUUCCACCUCUUCCAAAAAUUAAGAGCCGCACACAGGCAGCUUUACUACAAGGUGAACCUUUCAAGUAAACUUUACAUUGUCUUUCAGUUCAAUUCCAAAGACUAGACCAGCUGUGUCAGAGGCCACAUUUUUCUGCGGCAUUCCUGCUACAUGUGUAUGUGCUGUUAGCACCAGACGUGCGACAUCACUUCGGCCAGGUCACUACCACAAAACCAUGUGAGACGUAAAUGCGUGGAAUGUCGGGAAAUUGUUGCAUUACUUGUUUCAUGCCUUUUCGUCUGACAAAACCACACCCAGCCAGGGUGUGAACGUAGCUGAGAGCUGAGAGGCCUUGACUUGUUUUCCAUUGUAACACCCAUGCUGUAGUACAUUACAGGGAGAUGCAUGUAGUUACAGGCCCUAGAACAGGUAAAAAAAUGUUCACAAACUGCAGUAUGUGUUAGCUAAAAUAGCAACCAUCACUCUCAUUUUGUAAUUAUCCUUGUCACAAUUGGUGCCGUUUAUAAGUUGCAGCUACUGGUGCUUUUUGUGUUAAGUGUAAAGUUUGAGAGGCUGUGGGUAGCUAUGGCUGUCACACACUCCUAUUGCAUCAGAGAAAAAGAAUGAAAUUUGAUAAGAAAGACAAAGAAAUGUUACAGGGUAAUUUGGAAGUACAUAAUUGCUAUUGCUGCAUCGCCAACUGUAGUAAACUCCAUGGAAUAACUACCCAAGCCUGUAAUAUUCCAUUCUACCUGACAGCUUUGGAUGUGACAGAUGGAAUGUUGUCAUGUAGUCAGUUAACUCCACCAGUACGUCUACAGAACUAGUUCCGCACCAGAGGAAAGGUUUUGGGGCCAGUUGCUCGGCUUGAGGAGGAGAUAGGGCAGUAGGGAAAGGGAUUUUAUGUAUCAGAAUGACAUCAGCAUUUAUUAGACUGGAAUAAAAUGUAAGUGAUCUAAUAUCUUUAAGGUCAAUUAGUUACGACUGU